AUGGCAACGCGACAUUCCCGUCGCCAUGGCAACAGCCGGGAUGCCCUCAGGUGCGCACACCUGCGCUCCCCAGCUUUCCCGCCAGAGGGCGCGCGCGACCUGGCCCCGCCCACCCCGCUCCAGGCCCCGCCUCCCCCGCUCCGCUCCGAGUCCUCCCGUCCGGCAGGGGGCGCCCCCCCAUAUCCCGGCCGCGCAUGCGCACAUGGAGAGGCCGCGACCUGCCCGGCGGAGCCCGGUCCCUGUGAGGGGACAGGGACCGAGGUGGCCGUGCCCCCCAGGAACCCCUCUCUGAAGCAGCCGCUCUUCUCCUGCACCAUCCUGGGCUUCGCCCUGUCCGAGGCCGUGGGGCUCUUCUGCCUCACGGUGGCCUUCCUCAUCCUCCUCGCCAUGUGGCAGCGGCACGGACGGCAAUAA